AGCCCCGCGCCGCGUCCGCCCGGCCAUGGCCGCGCUGUCCCGCACGAUCGGCAUCUUCGGCGCCUUCGUGGCCAUGGUGGGAGCCGCCUUCUACCCCAUUUAUUUCCGGCCGCUGCUGCUGCCGGAGGAGUACAAGAAUGAGCAGUCAAUAAACCGAGCUGGUAUUGUUCAAGAGGAUAUUCAGCCUGCAGGGUUAAAAGUGUGGUCGGAUCCAUUUGGAAGAAAGUAAUUGGCAGCUGGGUGGAUUGCAGAACUGAAGAUGGACAUCUUCAGCUGCUGCUUCUUUCACUGAAGUGUGUCUUUAGGUGUUGCUGGAGCAGAAUUCUGAAUAUGCUGUGUGGGCACAUGAGGAGCAACAAAGGCUACUGGUUGGAAUCCCAAGAGAUAAAAACAUGCUAGUUUUGAGAGAGAAUGCUGGUGUAUAGCUCACAGCCUGUUAGAAAGCUGAAUGAUUAUUGAGUAUAGACAUGAAAUACUUAUUUCCUUGAGAAAAGGAAAAAGGAUUUUCUUCUAAUCUGUACACUUGUAAAUUAUGGAUAGAAUAAAUCAUGCAGACUGCUGCAAUUUCCUCCCUAGUUUGAAAGUUACAACAUGGUGAAUGUAAAUUUGUACAUUAAAAAAUUUAAACCAA